AUGUCUGGAAGAGGCAAGGGAGGAAAGGGGCUAGGAAAGGGAGGAGCAAAGCGUCAUCGGAAGGUUCUCCGUGACAACAUCCAGGGAAUUACCAAACCGGCGAUCCGGCGUUUGGCCAGACGUGGCGGCGUUAAGCGUAUCAGCGGUCUGAUCUACGAAGAAACCCGUGGUGUUCUCAAGAUCUUUCUAGAAAAUGUCAUCCGUGAUGCUGUUACCUACACCGAGCAUGCUCGCCGAAAGACUGUCACCGCCAUGGAUGUCGUCUACGCUUUGAAACGUCAGGGACGUACCCUUUACGGUUUCGGUGGUUAG